GAAGCUGUUCUCAUUUCCCAUUGGUUGAUGCAGACGUUGUCUCUCCGUGCGUCAAACAGAAAAAAAAAAAAAAAAAAAAAGAUUGGUUUCACAUGCAAACUGUCAAGAGCAAAGAAAGCGAGCCGAUGGCAGCGAUGCAAACCUUCCAGCCACACUGACUGUCAGCCUUGCGUACAAAUGGAGGAAAGGACUAUCAUCAGAUUAUUGGAGCCUCCAAGUUGCUGAAGACUCUUGGGGAAGCUGAAGUCAGUCAUAAGAUGUGAAUUUGCUGAAUGACGAAUGAGAAACUUGAGUACCGACGUCAUUGCAGAGGACUGACUACUACCAUCACUUGUCCCAUGACCUUGUAUGUUUGAGUGCUCCUCAUUCAGUCAUUCUGGUCCUGUGCUUCACACCUUCAUCUACCAGCGCUGCUUUUCAGCCCAGGCAGAGUGGACCCGUCCCUCUACCCAGGCCCCGCGCCCUCCCAUCGGCGGCCUAUUCUGGCGGUGUGUUGGUGUACGAUGGCGCGGUGGGACGCUGAGGGCUGCCGCGGGGGACUGUGAUGUCAGAGCCCAACAGCCCGGGCGAGAGCCGGCGUGGCGCUCCCAGAUUCUUCGUGGGCUGCGAGGACGAUGAGAGCGAGGUCCUGGAGGACAGCAUGAGGACAGACAUGGAGCUAUAUGAGGACGACGAAGACACAGACUCGCCCCCGGAGCAACAGAUUGUGGUGGGGAUCUGCUGCAUGAUGAAGAAGUCCAAGUCUAAGCCAAUGACCCAGAUCCUGGAGAGGCUGUGCCGGUUUGAGUACAUCACUGUGGUCAUCUUCCCAGAGGACGUCAUCCUCAACGAGCCUGUUGACAAAUGGCCUCUCUGUGACUGCCUCAUCUCCUUCCACUCCAAGGGAUUCCCGCUGGAUAAGGCAGUGAGCUAUGCCAAACUCAGAAACCCGCUGCUCAUCAAUGACCUGAACAUGCAGUACUACAUACAGGACAGGAGAGAGGUGUAUCGCAUCCUGCAGGAGGAAGGGAUUGAUCUACCACGCUAUGCUGUGCUGAACCGUGACCCGGAUAAACCAGAUGAGUGUAACCUGGUCGAAGGAGAAGACCAUGUGGAGGUGAACGGAGAGAUAUUCCAAAAGCCCUUUGUUGAGAAGCCUGUCUGCGCUGAAGACCACAAUGUCUACAUCUACUACCCCACCUCUGCUGGGGGUGGCAGCCAGCGACUCUUCAGAAAGAUCGGGAGCCGGAGCAGUGUGUACUCACCAGAGAGUAGUGUGAGGAAGACGGGCUCGUACAUCUAUGAAGAGUUCAUGCCAACAGACGGCACCGAUGUUAAGGUGUACACUGUGGGACCGGACUACGCUCAUGCCGAGGCUCGGAAGUCCCCUGCUCUGGACGGGAAGGUGGAGAGAGACAGCGAGGGGAAGGAGGUCCGCUACCCAGUCAUGCUUUCAGCCAUGGAGAAACUGGUGGCCCGUAAGGUCUGCCUAGCAUUCAAGCAAACUGUGUGUGGCUUCGAUCUUCUCCGAGCUAAUGGACACUCCUAUGUGUGUGAUGUCAAUGGUUUCAGUUUUGUGAAGAACUCCAUGAAGUACUAUGACGACUGUGCCAAGAUCCUCGGGAACAUUGUGAUGCGUGAGCUGGCUCCUCAGUUUCAGAUUCCUUGGUCCAUCCCUACUGAGGCAGAGGACAUCCCCAUUGUUCCCACUACAUCAGGGACUAUGAUGGAGCUACGCUGUGUCAUCGCUGUCAUCCGACAUGGAGACAGAACGCCCAAACAGAAGAUGAAGAUGGAAGUUCGCAACCCCAUGUUCUUUGACCUAUUUGAAAAAUAUGGAGGAUACAAAACAGGGAAAUUAAAGCUGAAGAAACCAAAACAACUGCAGGAGGUGCUGGACAUCACACGGCAGUUGUUAGCAGAACUAGGACAGCACAAUGACUGUGAGAUAGAAGAAAAGAAGUCCAAACUAGAGCAGCUGAAGACGGUUCUGGAAAUGUAUGGCCACUUCUCGGGGAUCAACAGAAAAGUGCAGCUAACUUACCUGCCCCAUGGGCAGCCCAAAACCUCAAGUGAGGAAGAAGACACACGUAAGGAAGGUCCGUCUCUGCUGCUGGUGCUGAAGUGGGGAGGAGAGCUGACUCCUGCUGGCAGAGUACAGGCUGAGGAGCUGGGAAGGGCCUUCCGUUGUAUGUACCCUGGAGGACAAGGAGACUACGCUGGAUUUCCAGGCUGCGGGUUACUGCGUCUACACAGCACCUACAGACAUGACCUGAAGAUAUAUGCAUCUGAUGAAGGCAGGGUGCAGAUGACGGCUGCAGCCUUUGCAAAAGGUUUGCUGGCUCUGGAGGGUGAGCUGACACCCAUCCUGGUGCAGAUGGUGAAAAGCGCCAACAUGAACGGGCUGCUGGACAACGACAGUGACUCACUGAGCAGCUGCCAGCACCGCGUCAAGGCCCGACUCCAUGAGAUUCUGCAGAAGGACAGGGACUUCAUCGAUGAAGACUUUGAUAGGCUGGCCCCAACCUGUAGCAUCUCUUUGGUGAAUUCAAUGAAGAUAGUCCAGAACCCGGUGGCCACAUGUGACCAAGUCUAUGCCCUCAUUCAGAGCCUCACCUCCCAGAUUCGAAAACGGAUGGAGGACCCCAAGUCAGCUGACCUGCAGCUGUACCACAGUGAGACACUAGAGCUAAUGCUGCAGCGCUGGUCCAAACUUGAGAGGGACUUCCGGAUGAAGAACGGGCGCUACGACAUCAGUAAAAUACCUGACAUUUACGACUGCGUGAAGUACGACGUCAUCCACAACGCUACUCUGGGCCUGGAGGACACGCUGGAGCUGUUCAGACUGUCUCGAGCUUUGGCUGACAUCGUCAUCCCGCAGGAAUAUGGGAUAAAUAAAGUGGAGAAACUGGACAUAGCAUAUGCCUACUGCCUCCCGCUGGUCAGAAAGAUACAGCUUGACCUGCAGAGAACCCACGAGGACGAGUCUGUCAACAAGCUGCACCCUCUGUACUCUCGCGGAGUGAUGUCUCCUGGGCGCCAUGUCAGGACACGAUUAUAUUUCACCAGUGAGAGUCACGUCCAUUCCUUGCUCAGCAUUUUCCGAUAUGGAGGCCUACUUGAUGAGGAGAAGGACCAGCAGUGGAAGCGUGCCAUGGAUUACCUCAGUGCCGUCUCUGAACUCAACUACAUGACUCAGAUUGUCAUCAUGUUGUAUGAGGACAACAAUAAGGACAUCUCCUCAGAGGAACGCUUCCACGUGGAGCUUCACUUCAGCCCUGGUGUCAAAGGCGUUGAGGAGGAGGAGAACGCGCCAACCGGCUUUGGCUUCAGGCCCGCUUCUGCAGAGGUAGCACGGCAGAACGGGCAGAAGCAGCCUGACCCCGGCAGCUUGGAGGACCUCUCACGAGAUGAGACCGACCGCGCCGUGCCGCUGUCUGAGCCAAUCACUAUUCAGAGGAAGUCCCCGCUCAUACGCAAUCAUAAAACGGGAUCCAUGGAGGUUCUGUCGGAGACAUCAUCCUCCAAAGUAGGCAGUUAUCGCCUCUUCUCGCUCUGCUCGCGUCAGUCCCCCGAGAUGAAACAAAGUGGAUUAGGCUCUCAAUGUGCCGGGCUCUUCAGCACCACUGUCCUAGGUGGGUCCUCUAGCGCCCCUAACCUGCAGGACUACGCACGUGCACAUCGCAAAAAAUUCUCCACUGGCAGUCUGUCCUACAAAGACGAGUUGUUGUCUAUGCCGGCAGUAAAACGAUUUUCUGUGUCGUUUGCAAAGUAUCCGACUAAUGGCUUCGAAGGCUGCUCCAUGGUGCCCUCCAUCUAUCCUCUGGAAACGCUGCACAACUCGCUGUCGCUAAAACAAGUCAACGAGUUCCUCGCCGGUGUGUGCGAAAGUGCAGGGGAUCCACACACGAGGACUACCAGAGCUCUGUCAGCCAUGUUUGGCGCACACAACCAGCCGUCAGUGGACUCGUACAUCCCUCAGAGAGUCUCUUCCUCCAUCUCUCUCAGAUCUCGUUCCGACAGACCUCCUUGGUACAGCAGUGGCCCAUCCAGCACAGUAUCCAGCGCUGGACCAUCCUCUCCCACUACAGCUGACACUUCCCCACGCUUCAGCUUCAGUGAUAAGAUCUCCCUCACCUCUCAGAGCAGCGAGGAAACUCACUCCUCUCAAAACAUUUCUACACAGCCAGUGGCUGUCUUUGGGUCACAAGUCCUUGACCCAACUUGCCCUGGUGUUUCAAACCCCUCUGAAGUCCCUCUGACUCCAAAUAACUCACCAGAGGAUGAUGCUGAGCACUGCGCUGUUACUGAUCACCAGCCUGAUGAUCUUGAAUACACACAGGAAGUGCCAGAGGUGGAUUCUGCAGCCGUGGAUUCUGCAGCCGUGGAUUCUGCAGCCGUGGAUUCUGCAGCCGUGGAUUCUGCAGCCGUGGAUGCCUCCAGCGGUGCGAUUUCAGAUCCUGGCCUGAGACCGCCCUGCUCUGCGUUAGCUGAGCUCACUCUGAGUCGGAUGGAGGGUUACUGUCUCCCCGGCUCUCUUCCUGUGCUGUUGGAACUCAGAGAGAGCAGCAGUGAGGCGGGCUCCAGCUCCCAGACGCCCCAGUCUCCAGAGGGACCUGAUGAGUUCUUUGACACUCAGGAGUCGAUGGAGUUGUGGAUGGACAGUCCAGAAAGCCUCCCUAGUCCUGAGACGCCUCUAGAGGUCGGAGCCACUCACACAACAGAGCCGUAGGGCGUGGACACCUCCAGAACAACAGGCUACUGACCUGUCAGAAACUACAGUGGUUACAUCUGUAAGCAUUAUCCUUGUCGGUCAUGAGCAGAGAGGCAUUGUACUGAGCUACAUCCCACUUGGCCUCCCAUAUCCUCUGGCUUGUGAUUCUCACACUAGGCUCUAUGUUGGGCAUGCCACCCAUGCUGUUCAUUGCCUUUUUAAAAAGCUUUCUGACAGUCCACCGGUUCAGUUCAUCCAUCUGUAAAGGUGUAGGAAGCCACUUGUUGUAAGGUGAAGCUUUAUUGUCAAGUCUAAACUUAACAACUCUCUUUUACUGUCGUUUAAUGCUGUUAUGCAAGCCUUUUCUUUAAAGCUGCAUUAGUCAAUGUUUGACCUCUAGAGGGCAGAAACGCCCAGAGCCCUGACAUGUGAUCACCGUAUGAAGUAGCUAAGGUGUUAGCCAUCAGUUGCCUAGUUAUCUGUCACCUCAUUGGAGUUUGGAUCCACACGAUGAAUUGAAGUUCAAUAUUCACUUUCCUUUCAGCACUGGUUUGCUCUCUACCAACUCCUGAGAAAAGUAUCUGGCCCUUUAGCAGCUAGAUGCUCCACUGUGCUCACCAGAUAGACGAUAACAUUGUCUGCCUGCCAUUAUAUGCUGGGCAGGUAAUGUACAGGAAAUUUAUCAGGGCUUGAUGAGAGUGUUGAGGUAUAACCAUACAGGAAAUAUUUUGUAAAACUAAAACAAUGAGCUAAAGGACGUGUUCAAUUUAAUUUUUGUGACCUUAAAGAUAUUGAUUAAUGGAGCUUUAAAUUGUCUAUCUUGCGUCUUUCUUACUUUCAGCCAUUUUUAGGCAGCCGUGCUUUAUCAUCAGUAUGUAAGCACAAGCUUUGCUGUUUUCUUUCUUUCUCCUUAGGAUGUAGAGACUUAUAGACUCAAUACUUUUAUGAGAAACACAGGAAAUGACUUGCAGUACAAGACAGAGAAAACGCAACCUCUGGCUGUUCUGUUUUUCUGUGGCGCUACAUGUUUAGUACCUGCAUCUGUGAUUUCAAAACAAACAAAUCAAAAGCUGAAUGACAGCAGCUGAACCUUCAUUACUGCCAGUAAAAUCUAAUAAGUGUUUAAUCUCCCGGUCAAACCGUGUGUGCACUGCUUACUGCCAAAGUCCUUAAGCCUCAUUGAAGAUUUAAUAUAAUCGGUAGGAACUGAUAGAGAAAAUAAUAUUUAUUUUGAAAUUGCAUCUUGGAGGGAAAACAAGUCUGGUAUUUUUGAUACCCACAUCAGAUAUUUAAUUGUACCAUAGCUAUUGUAUAUUUGUAAAAUCACCUCAUGAUGUUGGAAAGAUCUGUAAGCUAAUCUCUCAUUUUAUCACUGAACAAACAGGAGGGGCAUUUUAAAUUAAAUAUGCUUUUAUUGUGGCAAGCAGUCAUGUAGCAGGUGUGUGUGUGUGUGUGUGUGUGUAUACGUGUGUGUGUGUGUGUGUGUGUGUGUUGUGUGGGGGUACACACAUGCUUGAGAAGCAAUUCAGGUAGAUGAGUAUGCUGAUGUGCAAUUCUCUGUUUAAUCUGUGGGAUUUCAUGUUACAUGGAGAUGUACUGUACAGCUGUGAGUCAUCCUGUCUGUGUGUACGGAUCAUCACUCACUUUGCUUUUGUGCAGCAGGUGCUGUUUGCUUAAAGGGUCAAUUUGCUAAGGUGUCAUGUUGUCUUGGCUCAAUUUGCUCAAUCAUCACAAAAACAAACAAAAAAAAUCCUUCUGGCCUCUUCUGGUACCUGACCAUGCAGACAGUUUUGGUUUUUAUUUGUCCAGGUUUUGAGACGGCAACAAUGUUUGUUUCCACAACCAGUGUUGACAUUACUUUGGAUAAUUCAGACCUCAAUAAAUGUUUUUCUUUGGAACUGCUGUACUCUAUACAGUGUUUUCGGUGGCAUAUUUCAUUUGCACAUUUAAAAAAAAACGUGUAACUCACAGAAAAUUUAGAAAAAGUCACAAUUUCACAAAACGUUUUUUAAUGCUUGGACGAUGUGGAAAUGUUUAUCAAUAAAAAUAAAAUGCAGCUAAGUGCAGCAGAAACAGACACAUCAUGAUGUACACUUCAAGUGGGGGGGUGGGGGGGGCUGUGAGGACCACAAACUAAAUUUUGUUAAAUUCCAGUGCAUUGAAAUUGAGUCAGAAAUCUCAAAGACGGAUGUCUCCAAACCUGGACAAAUUAAACCAAAUCUCCAUGGCUGGACACCACUAGAGGUGUAUUUUUUGUAAAGAAUUGACCCUUUAAAAGCUGCUCUGAAAUCUACCUUUUAAUCAUUGACAGCGAACCUUCUGAUAGACUGUUUAGUAAUGAAAUAUCAAUAAUAAUCCAAGAUCUCCCUGCUGAGCUUUGGUAGCUGCCCUUCUGAAUGCUUUGUGAACUGAAACAUUCUCUUGUUUCAUGUCUGAUAUUUCAACCUGUUGGCUAAUAAGCUUUGGUUUAAAUGCACCAUGUGUGUUUUCCUUAAAUCUGUGCUGACUGUACCAAGCCGAUGGACUCCACAGCUCAACCACUUCCACAAAUGUUUCCUCUCUGUUGUUCUGGAAUAAUUUCCUCUGUGUGAAGUUAAUAAUUUGAUUUUAGAAAGAUCAUUACUGUAUAUGGAACAUCCACAAUAGACUGUAAUUCUUCCAACAAUGUUACAAAAUACAGCUUUGGAAUGUAAA